UAAAUAAGGCCUGAUGAAUCUCAAAGUCCACCAAAGCAAUUCCUCAGUAACUAGCAGCUACAAGCUUCCUGCACUCAGCUUGCUUCCCUGCAGCAACACCAGGAAAAGGUUUUAGAAAUGGAUAAGGUUAGAGAUUUGGCAUCUAGGAACGCUGCAGUGAUCUUCACCAAGAGCUCAUGCUGCAUGUGCCACAGCAUCAAGACACUUUUUUAUGAACUAGGUGCAAGCCCGGCAAUUCAUGAGCUAGACCGUGAAGCCAAUGGUAAGGAAAUGGAGAGGGCUUUACGUGGGCUAGGAUGCAACCCCACCGUCCCAGCUGUCUUCAUAGGUGGAAAAUGGGUAGGAUCAGCCAAAGAUGUGCUAUCCCUGCACCUGGAUGGGUCUUUGAAACAAAUGCUUAUGGAAGCUAAGGCAAUCUGGUUCUAGCUAUAGUACCUCUCAAAUAAGCCACACAGUACUUUAGUUUAACGCUGGAUGAUAUGGAAGUAGCUCUUAUGCUAUGUUGAAAACAAUGUUGUAUUUAAGGGCUUUGCUUUUUCUUGAGUUCCCUGA